UGGAAACCAGUAAAAAAAAUUACUGGUCUUACUGGUUUUUCCUUCUGGGUAACAUUUUGGCAUUUAACCGAUACAUAAAAAGGGAAGUUUGAAGAAAAUGGACAUCAUCAACAGUAAGACAUUGCAGCUUAUAAAGAGAGGGCGUGUAUGAUCAUAUUGUUAUUUAGGGAGAGAUGACACUCCUGAUGAUUGGUUCGCCAGUCUCCACAAAGAGGAUGACCAAGUUCCGUCAAAUGAGCACCAGGGGGGAGAUAUGAUGGGUCCUAGUACCUCUGGCUUCCAAGAUCCUCAGAUACUUGCGAUAGAGUCCCUGGGAUUACAGAGGUCUCUUGACAAUUCUUUCUCACAGAGGGGACAAAGGAUUGAGGCAUCUGCUGGUGAUGAAGAGCUUUCGCAAAAACUUAACCAGUUUGUUGAUACGCUCAACAUCAAACUCAAAGAAGAUGGUGACUCCUUCAGAGGCCCUCUUACAAAGUUCGCUCAGCAAAUAGAUAAACUACAGACUGAUAGCGCUCUGAUAUCGGCGCUUGUUACCUUUGGUAAAUAUAGUGGAUAUGCUGGGGCAAAGCUUGUUAAGAGACCUGGCCUUCAAACUUCAACGAAGAUUGGAGUGCAGCCCACUGCUGUAAGUAGGCGAAAAGCUGCUCUGGGUGGGAGGAGGGCAUUGAUCACAGGUCGCCCGUUGAAAAUUUCCAGAAAAGAGCAUGGGUAUGCCAAGAUCAAGAAGCAUAGCUACACAGUCAAGAGGGGUGUUCUUCCUUCAAAUGAUCGGCCUGCCACACAUUCACUUUCGCAUUGUGUUGCUUCAAAUGUUGCACUGGGUAAGAGGCAUUCAGCUGGGCAUUAAAGGGGAAGUACACCCUGACAAACAGUUUAUGGUAAAAAUAGCAGAAAAAAUAAUAAAAAAAUAUUGCCAAAGGUUUGAGAAAAAUUCAUCAAAUAAUU